CUCUAUAAGCUGUUACUUGGUGCAAUAAUUAAGCAUUGUAUUUAGUGUCUGAAAAGUUUUCAUAGGUUAUUAUUGCUUUACAUUGUCGCCUAGAAUGAAUGGAUAGUUUUAAGUGCAAGUACUGUGAUAAUACUUAUACUUAUAGAAAGUUAUUAGGAGUCAAUUUCUAUCACUUGAGAGAAUGGAUAAUCCAGCCGUGGGAGAAAGGGAUAUCCUCAAAGGUAUAAAUAACUUGUCUAAGUCCAUUAUGAAAUUAACCCGCAAAGGGGAAAGCCUGUCGCCGGAAGUGCUCCAUAUUGCAAGUAGAUUGUCUGAAUCCGUAAUGACAUUAUCCACUAAAACCGUUAAUAUUACUAAUGGUAUCCUUGAUGCUAUAGAUAACUUCUGUGAAAUGAUAAGGAGUAUGUCUAUCAAUAAUAUGGCAAUGAUAUAUAAGUUCCUCAAAACCAUGGAUUGUUUGACUAAAAUCAUAGUAUCAUUUUCCGGCAAAAAAGGUGUAAUGGAUUCAGCUGAAAUGAUUAAUUUUUUCUCUGCUGUCGCGUGCCCCUCUGUGUCAAAGGAUAUUGUUAAAUGCAUAAAUCGCUUAUGUAAGACUGUAAUGGAAUUAUCCAUCAAAAGAGAGAACAUGUCAGAAAGUUUACUCGGCUCUAUCAAUAACUUGUCCAGAAGCAUAAUGGAAUUAUCCACCAAACGGGCGAAUAUAGAACAUGAUGAUCUGAGUGCUAUAAAUUGCAAAUCUGAAGCAAUUCUGAAUUUAUUCAACAAAAAAGUCGAAGCCAUAUAUGAAUCACAGGCUACCAAAAAUCUAGUUGAAAGUGAAUUGAACAGUUCUGACGAAUCCGAUGAAGAUUGCCCUGUUCAAUCAUCUAAAUCUGUAUCAGGAAAAGCACAAGUUACCAAAAAACUCGUUGAAAGUGAAUUGAACAGUUCUGAUGAAUCCGAUGAAGAUAGCCCUGUUCAUCCAUCUGUAGCAGGAGUAAGUAAUGAAAAAAAAGCUACCAAAGAACUUGUUGAAAGUGAAUUGAACAGUUCUGAUGAAUCUGAUGAAGAUGAUCCUACUCAUCCAUCUAAACAUGCACCAAAUAAAGGACAAGUUACCAAAAAACUUAUUGAAAAUAAAUUGGACAAUUCUGAUGAAGAUGCCUACCCUACUCAUCCAUAUAAAUCUGUACCUGACGAAAUUUUCAGUCCUACUAGUAGCUUCCUCAAGCCCAAGAAAAAAUUUCAUGUCAAAAAAGUUCAUAUGGCACAUGACAAGAUUACUCAAACCAGGAGAUCUAAAGUAAGGAAACUAGAUUCCAAUAGUGACAGUGACGAAAGAGAGUCCCGCUUGAAAAUAAGAAGAAUAGAUGAAUCGCACGAAGCCAGAGCAGCUGCAAGAAGUCUGGAUGACAGGGGAGAAUGUUCAAGAAAUGUUGCUAAUAAGGAGACCUUCGAUGCUGAAAGCUUGAGAAAAUCUUUGAAUAAUCCACCAGAAAUUUCAAUGAGGCAAUGCAUUCCAAUGAUACCUGUUGACAAUAGACCAGCUUACGAUGAGGACGUUAUUGAGAUAUUAGAUGAGAGCUCGAAAGAAUCUUUGUUCCAUUUGCUGUCGAGUUCAAGUGAACGCGGUACAUUUAGAUCCGGUCUAUCUUUGAAAGUAUUGAAGUAUGCGACAUAUCCAAACCAGACAGGUUCUACAGCCUCUCCCUUCAAUACAGAUUCUCCGGCUUCUCCGAACGAGGAACAGCAUGCAGCAUCUUCAACGGAGAAACAGCAUGCAGCAUCUUCGAAGGAGAAACUGCAUCUAGCCUCUUCUAAAAAAAAUAAACAACAUCCAGACUUUUCAGACGAGUAUGAAUGCUCACCCUCGGCAAUGAAGAGACAGUCCUCAACCUCUUCAGAUGAAGAACAAUCUGCAAGCUCUCUAGAUGUGAACCAAUCUCGUGAUACAGAGCAGAAACAGCGUCAUUUUUCUUCAGAUGAAAUACAAUCUUCAGAUGAAAAGCAAUCUCUAACCUCUCAAGUCAGUCUUCCGCAUACACCCACUCCAGACGAGGAACAACCUCAAGUUUCCUCAGAUGGAGAACGCUCUCAAACCUCCACAGAUGAGAUAGGAUCUCGAGCGUCCUCAGGCGAGAAAAGGUCUCCAGUCUUUUCAGAUGAGCCGUCUGCAGACGAGGCAUUGUCUCCAGUUUAAAAAGAUACUCUAAACUUUACAGGUGAAUCAUACUCGUGAAUGACUAUUCUGAAGUGGAGUAGAUUCAACCAAAUGUUCAAUUUUUUGGUAGCGUUUGUGCCAUUAUAAUUUUGUUAAUUUGUUAGUUUCUCUGUUCAAAAUAUUGAUAAUUAAUAUAGUUUUUUUGUUCGACAUAUUGAUAAUUCA